AUGGCAAUUGCAACAUCGAAAAAACACAAUAUCGAAAAUAUAAAAAUCGAAGAAAAUUUUGAUUACAGCAACAUAAAAUGUUGCAUUCCAAAAUCUUCGAAUUCCAAAAACAUAAAAAAUGCAGAAUCAGAAUCUUCAUAUAGUGAUAAAAAUUAUAGAAAUGAUAAUUGUAGUCUCUCUAAAUCAAAAAAGAAAAAUAAAAAAAUUAUAUCUCAUGAUACAUCAGUUGCUGAGAGAAUUCAGCAAUGGAAUAGAGCUAUACCACAAAAAAGUUAUGUUACUCUUGGUACAAUUCGAUACGGAAUACGCUUAUCAACAAAUUCAGAUCCAAAUAGUUUUUGUACAGAAAGAACAUCAAAUUCAUCAUCAUCUAGAUCACUUCCGCCAACACCUAAUUCAAGCAUUAACAAUAGUUAUAAUAAUAUUGAAGACAUUUCAAAUAAAGAAACUAAUUCCAGUGAUAGUAAAACAUCAAGUAUUUAUCAUAGUGAAAGUGAAAAUAAUCAUAAUUCAAUUAAGAAAAUCUGCUCUAAUUAUAGAAUCCCAACAAGAACAACAACGACAACAUCAACAGCAAAAUCAUCAAUAUCAAGAAAAAUACAGUCAUCAACAGUAAUGUCGGCGCCAAAAGUUGAUUGUUCAGCUACUUCAACUACAUUAUCAGAAUCUAUUGCAGAGACAGCCACAGUAACAACAACAACAUCACCAAUACCUCAAAUAACAGAUACUACAAGAUUUGAUAAUCAUCACAAAAUUAUAUUAAAUGAGGAUAAUGAUGCUCCUAUUCCACCAAUACGAACAACAUCACAAAUUCCAUAUUUUAAAUCUUUAGAAAAUAACAACGGUAAAGCUUAUAAUAACGCUAAUGUAAAUAAUAAUUACCAUAAUAAUAAUAAUACAGUUAUAAAAACGUCACGAUUAAAGCAAAAUCAAAAAAAUAGUGAAACGAAAAAUUUAACGAAAAUACCAACAGCUGUUGGCAACAAUUCUCAUGUUGAUAAUCAUUCUGCGUAUUUAGUAUCAUCAACACAAGCACAAUUGCCAUCAAUAUCAUCGUCAUCAUCAUCAAUAUCACAAUCACCCCUGUUAUGCACAGUAACGACUUUAUCACCGGUAGGGUCAAUAACAAAUACACGAAUUUUAACAAAAAAUUCUAUUCCAUCAUAUAUUCAAACAUAUGAAAAAGGUGUACUACAUAAAGGAAAUACCGAAAAUUACUCAAAUCACACAAUCAAUCAAACAAAAUCUUGUAAUAAUUGUUUUCUUAAUCAACAACAAAAACAAUAUAAUUAUAAGUAUCAACAACCAGAAGAGAACCAUUCUAUAAAAAUAAAUGGAAGUUCUUCUUCUCAUUAUCACGAAAAAAAUAAUAAAAUGUGCCAAACUUCAAAUUGUAGUUGCAGUAAUACAAAAAAUUCUGCUGUUAAAAAUAGCAAUGAUCAUGUCUGCUCUCAUCACGAAAUUAAAAAUACAACAGAUGAGCAACAAAAUCAUCAACAACAACAAAAUACUAAUGAAAAUGAAUUUGGCCAAAUUUCAAGAGAUAAUUUUGAGAAUUCAGAAUCAGUCUUAGCAGAAACGCGAACUAUACCGAGAGCAAUAAUACAACAAACAUUAGAUACUGUAGCACAACGAUCAUUGGGUACCGAUCGUAAAAAUUUCGAUAAUAAUGGUUAUGAUAAAACAAAAACGUGCAUCAUAACACCUUGUACAAAUAAUGGAUUCAAUACAUUACGACAACGUCGUCUAUCGCCGCCACCACCCGUACCACCAAAACCAAAUCGCCAUCAACAAGUGGUACGAAGCAAAUCUGUAGAUUCAAAUGUUAAUAAUUAUCAAUAUUCUAAUGAUUCAUUAAUUGAAAAUAAAAUUAGCAGCAAUAACGGUUUUAACAAUAAUCAAAAAAAUAAAAAUGAUUGUAUUGAAUCAAAUGAUUCUAGUAAUAAAAGUCCUUCAGCUGGUUUAGAUUUAUUGAAUUGCUUUGCAAAAUCUAAUACAACUGAUGAGAAUAGCUUUUUAAAUAGACGCAGUGGAUCUAACAACUAUCAAAACGGCAUUAAUCGCUCAUUUUCUUAUAAUACUACAACAACAAUAGACGAAAAAUUGAAAGAAACUAAUGGAAAUCACAAUGACGUAAAUAAUAAAACUGAUACUAAUUGUUCACCUUUUCUUAAAAGAAAAAUAUCUAUACCAUUAUCAAAAAAUUGUGAAAGUGAUCCAACAUCUGAGAUAAAAUUAUACAGUAAUACAACACCAAGUGUUGUAAUACGUAAAUUAACACCAAAAUUAACUCGUAAAACAUUAAAUUUCGGAAGCAAUAAUGAUUCAAAUUCAAAUACAUAUAUUAAAAAUCGUGCAGAUAGUGAAGAUCGUUUAAUUGAUGAUAAUAGCAGUGAUAAUAAUGACUUGAAUAGUUAUUGUGAUUCAUUAGGUUCAGUCAAUGAUCCGAUUAUAGAAACACAUACAAAUAAUAAUGAUAAAAGUAAUUCAGAUCCAAAUUUUUUAAUUUUUGGUGAACCAAUACCCUUAGUACCAAUUUACAAAAAAACAAAUACAAUAAUCUCACCAUUAAUUGAUAAAGCAUCAAUACUAAAAUGUAAUAUAAUUGAUUCACAUUCAAAUGAUGAUAUUGGUUUUAUUGAUUCAUCUGAAAAAGAAGAUUCAGAUUUUGAUUCACAUUUAAUUUCAACUGAUAAUAAUCAUGAUAAAAUACGUUAUGAUUGGAAUGAGUUAAGUGAUUUAAAUUCAAUAAGCUAUAAUAGUAGCUCUGAUUCAAAUAGUAUUCAUAGUAAUAAUAGUAAUCAAUCAUCAAUAAGUAAUACAAAUUCACAAAAGAAACCAGUUAUGCAACACCAUCAAGAGUAG